AAUUUAACCCUCAUACUACUCUUAGUUGAGCCGAGUAAAAAUUAAUGAAUGUUUUAAUUUUUGAAUCAGCACGUUAAAAGACUUCAAACAAUUGAAUAAAGGCUCUUUUUCUUAAUUGAUCAUGCUGAGUCAAAUUCAAUUAAAGUUUUAAUUUUGAAACAACAAUUUAAAAGACAAAAUAAUUAGAUAAGAUUUUUUUUUUUUUUUUUUUUUUAAUUUUGAAUAAUGGAAGUGUGUAAGAAGAAAUCAUUUUAGAAAAUUUAUUUUAGUGUCUUAUUCUUAUAUAUGGUUUUCUAAAGAGACAUACUAAAAUUUUGACUUUUGUGUAGCGUGUAUUGCCUUGCCUCUUAAUCGAUCAAUUGAAUGAAUGCACCGCCCACUCUAUAGAAGACUCUUCAAGCUAUCCUAGGCGUAGCUCGAAGAAUUGAAAUUAUAUUUAUGCAUAAAUAUAUAUAUCAUUAUUAUUUUUGUCUUUAUUAUGUAAUAAUGGGUUGAAUAUAUAUAUAUAUAUGCACAAUUCAUUAUAAGGGUUGAGUGGAGGGAGGCAGCCACCCCAACUGAUUUUUUUUUUUAUUUAUUUUUUUCUAAUUAUCUAUAAAUUUUGUAAAUAUUUUAUUUUUUUUAUUUUAUUUUUUGGUGAAAAUUUAAAAAAUGUGAACUCUAAUAAUACCCACUAUAUAUUAUUGUUUUUUAAAGCUCCCUCUGGUACAAUUCUCUACUCCCUCACUUUAUAUAUAUAUAUAUAUAUAUAUAUAUAUAAUACUUGGCUCAUCUUUUUGCUAAGAUCAAGUGUAUACACUGUCUCUUGGGGGCGGCGAGGCACAAAAUUAAGAAAAUGCAGCCCGAAAGCAGCUCACUUAAAGUAGGCAGAAAUGUCAUGGAGAAAAAGCGAAGAAUGCAUAUGAAUCAUCUUUUUUCCACCAUUUCCUCACUCAUCUUUACCCAAACACCCAAGGAAAGAUUGGCAUUGCCUGUUUUGCUGGAGCAAGCGACUAACUAUAUUAAAGGACUGAAGGAAAGCAUACAAGAACUGCAGAGAAGGAAAGAACAACUCACGGGUGAUCAGAUUGAGAAUACAGAUGCCCUGGAAGGCUCAGCGUUACCGGUAAUUGCAGUUGAUGAAAUGGGCUCAACUUUGGAGGUGAAAUUGAUUACUGGGCUGAACAAAAACUUCAUGUUGCAUCAAGUUCUUAGUGUUCUUGAGGAAGAAGGUGUUGAAGUUGUGACUGCAAGCUACUCUACCGUGGGUACCAAAACCCUCUAUACAAUCCAUUCACAGGCUAUUUGGUCAAGAAUUGGCAUUGAAACUUCACGAGUGGAAGAAAGGCUAAACAAACUUGUUUUCUGAACUAUGUAAUAUUUUACUAUCAAAUGUUGUAAUUUGAUGAUAUCCUUUUCUUUUUUUUUUUUAAAGAAUAUUAGGAGUUUAAGUUAUAAUAUAAAUAAAAAUUGAGGCGUUAUUUUCUUGUCAUGGUGAAGUACAUGACAUUUUUUCACAUUUACAAUCUUGCCUCGGAGGCACAAACACAAUUAUUGGGUGACUCUUUUUAAUUAUACUAUAAAAUGAGAGAUGUCAUAUGUAGAUGUUGCUUUGCUUUACAGUAUCAUUUCUAUAUAUUUAGUUAUUGUACAAUAUCAGGGACGGGAAUGAGAUUUGUGUAACUUCGAACUUCUGAU